AUGCUGAUAUGGAUCUAUAGUUCUUUGGUGGUGCUAAUGGUGUGUUCUGCAGCUUCUGGCCCGGCUGGUCGAACACGGCAGCCCCUAACCAAGCAGGCACAGUUACCUUGCGGUCGGCCGAUCCCCGGGCGCGACUCCGACCUAGCCGCGUUAGUUAAAGGAAUAGAGCUUGCUCUUAAUAUAUUCAGCAAGGCCGAAGCGCUACCUAUUAAGCCAUUAGAGGAAGAAGCAAAGUAUAAGUCCUGGGGAUAUUAUAUAUUGUAUAGCUGCCCUAUAGGGGUUAAUCAGGAUAAGAGCUGUAUAGAUUCCUAUUUCAGGGUGUAUAGUAUUAAAAACCUCAGGAUUAUUGAUAGCUUAGUCUUCCUAUGUAUUCCAGGAGGGUUUCCGGUUACAGCUACCUUUAUAUUAGUAAGAAAGCUAUAG